CUCAAAGACGUAGCUAGGAGGCAUUUGUGUGCGUCUCAGGGAAAGAGAGAGAGAGAGAGAGAGAGAGAGAGAGAGAGAGAGAGAGAGAGAGAGAGAGAGAGAGAGAGAGAGAGAGAGAGAGUGACAGAGAGAGAGAGAGAGAGAGAGAGAGAGAGAGAGAGAGAGAGAGAGAGAGAGAGAAAGAAAGAGAGGGAGAGAGCUGGCUAAAUGAGUGUAGACCUCUCUAGCUGAUCCGGGAGGUUGUUUUGCCACUUAGCCCGUCAUGUGAUUGCCCUGGGCUUGUUAUCCUUCGGGUUUUCUUUUUUUUGUUAACUUGAUCUUCAGAAGCAGCCUACCUACCACCGCAGAGAAGCCAAGUAGGCUAGGACUUGUAAUCAAAUACCGCUGGUGCGAUUUUUAGUAGGGUAGGCUAGGGCUUCUGCGUUCCAGAAGGGUGGUGGACCCGAACACAAGCUUCCUGUGGAGACUCACUACCAUCUAGCAAAGGCAACAGCGGAACACCUUAAUACUUGUUGGAGACGUCCAGAGAAGGAGUGCCUCUCGCUACACCUGGGUCGUUGCAGCUGGGUCUUCUUUUCAGUCCUUCUACAAAGAAGAGGCUUUCAAGGAAUAUAAUAUAUGCCACAGAUUAAAAAGGUGUCAAAUGCUCGGUUAACAAUGGGAUCUACGAACCACUGAAGAGCCUCUGACAAAAGAACAGGGGACACGGGAGGAGAAAAGGAGAGGGGGAGAGAGAGAGAGAGAGAAGGGGCCCCUAUUGAAAAGAAAAGCGUAGGUUGGGUCGGGUAGGAUCAGCUUUGUGUCUGUCGGCGUGUGGUUUGGUUACAUGCUGUCCUCUCCAGGGGACAUCCUCCUUUGUGUGAGAGAUAGUUAACAAAAGACAAAGAAGAAUGGCUAAUAAACAGAGAGGAGAGUGUCGAGCGGCGGAGGAGGCGGCUGGGACUGGGAUGCCUGGUCUGGGGAGCUUAGCUGUGGGUUGCAGGGCUAGUGUGUUGCUGCUACUGGCUCUCAUGAUAACUCUGGCUCAAGGGGCCUGGCCACUGGAUCAAUCCCAGGGACAGGUGGAGGUGCUGGGGGACAUGAUGGUGGACGGACCCGGGGAGCUGGAAGCCUCCAUGCACUCCUCCAUACUGUCAGACUUCCAGGUGGUGGAGGCAGCUGUGGAGGCCUUGGAGCCGGUGGCGGAUGCUGUUCAGCAGUCUGCAGUAGGAGCAGGGGGAGUGUCAGGAUUCCCAGACUCGUCUGCUGUGGUGGGCCGGGUGUUCCAGAUGAAGGUUCCGGUGAAGACGGACUAUAGCAGGAACAUGGUGAAGAUAACUGAGUCAGGCAAGGAGACGCUACCGACAUGGCUGCAUUGGGACUGGAAGAGAAACAUCCUACAGGGUCUACCACUGGGGGAGGACAAGGGUGUCCACUAUAUCUCCGUCUCCACAUCCAACGGCAGCCAGGAUAUCUUCUCCGUCGAGGUUCACCCAGAAGAGCACGCUGACACAGACCCGAUCCAGGUAGCCAUCCAGUCAGCGUCCAACAACUCCAACAACGAGGUACAGCCAUUCGUCUGUGGCAACGAGGAGCCGGUGACGGUGCUCACAGUGAUUCUGGAUGCCGACCUGACCAAAAUGAGCUCCAGACAGAGGGUGGAGCUGCUGGGCAAGAUGAAGAAGUUCUCUGGCGUGGCGCUCCAGCACAUGAAGAUACUUCCUGUGGUCAACAACAGAUUGUUCGAUAUGUCUGCCUUCAUGGCCGGACCAGGAAAUGCCAAAAAGGUGGUGGAGAACGGAGCCCUGUUAUCCUGGAAGCUGGGCUGUUCCCUGGACCAGAGUAACGUCCCUAAUAUUAGUAGGGUCCAGGCGCCGGCUAAAGAGGGCACUAUGUCGGCUCAGUUGGGAUAUCCGGUCGUCGGUUGGCACAUCGCCAACAAGAAGCCUCAUAUCCCAAAACGGGUGAGGCGCCAGCUCAACAAUACGCCUACUCCUGUUCUAGCUUUGCUUCCCCCAACGUCUGUCGUCGAGCCCCCUGUUCGCAUUGUACCCACCCUAUCGUCACCUGCCAUUGCUGCCCCCACAGACAGCUCUGCCCCACCCAUGAGAGGGCCUGUGCCCUUGCCCAUGAAGCCCACGAUCCGUGUCAGAGACUCUUAUUCCCACACUCCUACUCAGGGUGCACCCCUGCCAACCAGAGUGAUGGAGUCCACUAGUACCAUCUCCAUUGAACCCACCAUGACCAGGCAUACCGUUGUGGAAGCUACGCCGACACUCCCUCCACCCACCACAGUCGCCACCAGAAAGCCAACCAAGAAACCAAAGAGACCGAAGACUACUCCGAUUCCAAGGGAGCCCAAGACCACAACAGCCAAACCAGCCAGGCGCACCACCCCUUCGUCCAUCGUGCCUGACCCAAGAAACGAGAAACCAGAUCUCCGCAACCCCAUCGAUCAGGUCAAUGCCUUCGUGGGCACAUAUUUUGAAGUGAAAAUCCCAUCCGAUACUUUCUUUGACAAAGAGGACGGUACGACAGACAAGCUGAGGUUGACAUUGAGGAUGAACCACAACGAAGUGGUCGGAGAUGAUUCCUGGAUACAGUUUAAUAGCACAAGUCAGCUGCUGUACGGUCUACCUGACUCGAACCACAUCGGGAAGCACGAGUACUUCAUGCAGGCCACCGAUAAGGGCGGUCUGAACGCGAUCGACGCCUUUGAGGUCCGUGUGAACCGCUGGGCUUCCAACGAUAAGUCCCCGGUUUUGUUCCAGGCUCGCUUCCACGGGGAACCUCACCAGGUGACCAACGACAUCCACAAGAAGAUUUUGCUCAUCAAGAAACUGGCAUACUCUUUCGGGGACCGCAACAGCAGCACAGUCACCCUGAGGAACAUCACCAAGGGAUCCAUCAUGGUGGCGUGGACCAACAACAGCCUUCAACAGAACCCCUGUCCCAAGGAGCAGAUCCAGACCAUGUCCAGGAGGAUCUCUGACGCCCAGGGAAGGCCCUCCCAGACAUUCAUCUCCACCAUGGAACCUGAAUUCAAACCCAUCGACAUCAAGAUCAAAGGAACGGGUGCCUGCCGGAACUACAUGUUCGUGCCGCCAAGUGAAAUCACCAUUCCUAUACCCCCGGCCGUCACCCCGACGCUCGGCGCCGGACGCCAGAGCACGGACGACGUCUACCUCCACACGGUCAUCCCUGCAGUGGUGGUGGCAGCCAUAUUGCUGAUCGCCGGCAUCAUCGCCAUGAUCUGCUACCGUAAGAAGCGCAAGGGCAAGCUGACCAUCGAGGACCAGGCUACCUUCAUUAAGAAGGGGGUGCCCAUAAUCUUUGCAGACGAGCUUGACGACUCCAAGCCCCCUCCGUCCUCCUCCAUGCCCCUCAUCCUGCAGGAGGAGAAACCCCCACUGCCUCCGCCAGAGUACCCCAACAUGGCCAGUCCAGAGACCACCCCCCUGAACCAGGACCUUCUGGGGGAGUACACAGCUCUGAGGGAUGAGGAUCCCAAUGCCCCUCCCUACCAGCCUCCACCCCCUUUCACUGUCCCCAUGGAAGGUAAAGGAUCUCGUCCAAAGAACAUGACCCCCUACAGAUCCCCACCACCUUACGUGCCACCCUAAGGUUAGCUGGCUCCUCCAGAGGAGGAGAGGGGAAGCAGGGGGGACUUGUAACCGUCUCACACCAGUGUUGUCUGUUUGGGAGUAAGGGGUGGGAGGAGGAGGGUAGAGGCUCUGCAAAGUGGUAAUGAACUUUGGACAUUUUGGGUUGGGAGGGUUUUGUGCUGAUCUGAUCAAGGCUGAGUUAAGGUUGAACAAUGGGAGGGAGGGAGAACUAGGUGGUAGCCUCGGCAACAGUAGCCACAACAAUGACACUAUUCAGUCUCUCGUCGUCUCAUUGGCUACAGCUGAACAGCUAGAUUGAGAAGACACACCCCCUCCUGUCCCAGCAACUUUUUCUCUAUUUGAAACUAAAUGGCCUUUUUGUUUAAUUUUGUGUCUUUGGUUCUGGUUUUCUUCUGUUUUUUGACUUGACUUUAAGAUCAAACUACUUGCCUUUUUAAAUCUUCUUUUAUCUUGAAUAAUACAAGAGGACGAUAAACAAACACACUGCGGGCAAAAAGGUUUUUAAUGAUGAGAUAGAGAGUUCAAUGAAUGAAAACAAACACAACAUAAUCAUGUUGAUCUGGGACAACCCUGCAGACAGCUGAACACAAUGGCUGAUCGAUGUGGAGGUGGCUGUUUGGAUUCAAUAAGGUUUGCCUUUUAACACUAAUUGUAUAUUUUUACCCUUAUUUACACAAUGUCUCGUCAAGAUGAGCAUAACAAAGGUAGCCUAAAAGAAUAAUUAGAAAUUAGUAUAAAAAAAUAAAUAUUUUGUUUUAUUUUUUUCUAAACUUAUAUCUUUUAAGGUUAGAUUAGAUUAGAUAGAUAGAUAGAUAGAUAGAUAGAUAGAUAGAUAGAUAGAUAGAUAGAUAGAUAGAUAGAUAGAUAGAUAGAUAGAUAGAUAGAUAGAUAGAUAGAUAGAUAGAUAGAUAGAUAGAUAGGAUUGUUUUGGUGGCGGUGGAGCAGAUCUCCUGACUGAAAUAGCCUGCAGGAUCUCAUUUUCUCCCGAUCAGAAAGGAACGGUACACUUAGUAGGUAGGCCUAGUCAGGGUUAAUGAACGUUAACAUGGAAGGCAAUGACAACCAGAUGGUUGCCCUGGCCUUGUUAUUACCAGAUGGUUACCCUGGCCUGGUUAUUACCAGAUGGUUACCCUGGCCUGGUUAUUACCAGAUGGUUACCCUGGCCUGGUUAUUACCAGAUGGGUACCCUGGCCUUGUUAUUACCAGAUGGUUACCCUGGCCUGGUUAUUACCAGAUGGGUACCCUGGCCUGGUUAUUACCAGAUGGUUACCCUGGCCUGGUUAUUACCAGAUGGUUACCCUGGCCUGGUUAUUACCAGAUGGUUAGCCUGGCCUGGUUAUUACCAGAUGGUUACCCUGGCCUGGUUAUUACCAGAUGGUUACCCUGGCCUGGUUAUUACCAGAUGGUUACCCUGGCCUGGUUAUUACCAGAUGGUUAGCCUGGCCUGGUUAUUACCAGAUGGUUAGCCUGGCCUGGUUAUUACCAGAUGGGUACCCUGGCCUGGUUAUUACCAGAUGGUUAGCCUGGCCGGGUUAUUACCAGAUGGGUACCCUGGCCUGGUUAUUACAAGAUGGGUACCCUGGCCUGGUUAUUAUUAUUAGAUCUCUUGUUUUUACUUUGCCUGAGUUUCCCAAAGCCACCCAAAAUCAUUCAAGAGAGAAAAAUAACACAAUACAAUGCCCCUUUUUUACUAUUCUUGUUUAAAAUGGGUUAAAAUGAGUAUCAUAAUCCGAAUAUGGUCAUAACAUUGACAAUUUGAAUGCCAUUUUGCCUUUAUGGUGAUGCGACAAGUGUCUUCUGUAAAUAACGAUGGAUCGGCCUGUGUGUAUUUUUAGUCCAAAAAAAAACGUUUUGUGUAAAUCAGAUGUGGAAAAAAGCCUCCUGCAGUUUAUUUUAGACAAGGGGGUCAUUAUUUUUUUAUGUAGUGAUGAUGCUCUUGUUUUCACAGCAUACAGUUUAGGGCUGUUGAGAGUGAUUGAGAAUGUCCUGAAAGGGAUACAGCAUGUAUUCACAACUCAAAUGUCAUUGUUGAGAGGAGGGUAGGAGAGUUAGAGGGAGAGAAAGAAAGAAAUGGGAAUAUCCCAAUUACAAGAUUACCAGAAAACACAUAAAAAAAUGGUUAAUAAAAUCUCUAUCUAAUUUUUUACACCGUUUUUGAUACAGCAUCAAAUUGUUUUAAAAAAAAAUCUAUAAAUACAUGAAUAGUGUACUGCAAUUUGUAAAAUAUUAGAGUAGAGAAUUGAUUCCUUAUUAUAUACCUUUUCUCAUUGGUCACCUAUUUCAAGGGAUUAUUUUACAUGUUUUGCCAUAUUGUCGAAUUGAAAUGCACCUCCUGUUAUACAGUCGGAAUGACCUGUUUUAUUUCAUGUUCAAAUUCUUCUUCACUGACGACUUUGAAAGUGACCCUUUGCAAUAAUGUAAGGUGCUCCCUGGUGGUGGUGGUGAGUGGUCAAUGCAGGUUAGAUGAGUGAUGAUGUACUACACGCAUAAUGAUGAUGAUGCGCACGCAUAAUGAUGAUGAUGAUGUACACGCAUAAUGAUGAUGAUGAUGAUGAUGUACACGCAUAAUGAUGAUGAUGAUGAUGUACACGCAUAAUGAUGAUGAUGAUGAUGUGCACGCAUAAUGAUGACGAUGUACCUACAUAGUUUGUUUUUGUCAGAAACCAAGUGUUGCUUUUUGAGUGUCCAUUUAUUAUGGAAGCCGACCUCCGUCUAUCUAUAUCCAGAUAAUACUUCUUCACACGUUUGAAAUUCUAAUCCAACAAGUCCCAAUAGUAUUUCGAAUGAAUGAAUCAUCUAUAUUUAUAUAUAUAUAACAGAGUGGAUUAUGAUGGUAUAUCUUGCUUGGUAUGUUGCCGUACAUUAUAAUAUAGAGAUGUAUUUUUUAUGGAUGAGUUUGGGUUAUAAUUGGUUUUCUAAUGCUUCCCCAUAUUGAUGAGACAAUAUGGCUACGUCCAUAGAGGUUUCAUUAAGACGUGUUAUCCAUCUAUCUAAUCACGUCAGCCAUUUUGACACCUCUUGAUUCCUGUCACAGUAACUGGUUCAUAAUUCUGUCUCCUUGAACUAAAACUGGUAUUAUUCAUCUUGACUAGAUGACACAUUUUUGACGUGGAACCUGGAACCGUUCAAAAAAACAUGUUGGUAGAUCUCCAUUCAGUUCAAUGUUUCCAUCAGACUCACCGCCAUGAAAUACAGAUUAGGUUUAUGAGUUAUAUGUAAAAUAACUUGCUGACCCCCCCCCGCGUCCACAGAUCAUGUCAUCACUUCAGCUAUUUUGAUUUCUGACGAGGAACAAGCUGCAGUAGGUGUCCUAGAUGGUUUAUCCCAAUAGGGUUGUUAGUUAGUCAAAUAAUAAAUAUAUAGUUACAUAUGACAGUUACUGAGAUCGACAAAGAUUUUGUCCCCACGUUUGAGUGAGAUUUAUAGAACAAUAGGUAAGUAGAUAGUACAAGGACGUUUUUUUGGUUUAUAUAUAUUUUUUAGUGGCGUAGUCAUUUCAGCAUUAAGUUCCAUUCAUUCGUUAGGCUAGCAAAAGAAUCGGCCUUAGUUACACUGAGUCAAAUCCUAACUUAAGAUAAGCACGUGUGACACACACUCAAGCACACAUGUUGUGUUAAAACCCGUACAUGUCCAUAAGUGAAAGUGUUAGUGACGUGUGUUUCUCAAAUUCGGGUUUUAAUCCCGUUUGACUCAAAUUAAGAGGAGAUGAUGAUGUUCAGAUUGUGCAAAGCUUAACGGAGAAGAAACCAACGAUGCAAAAAAAAAAUUAAAAAAUGUAAUCGCAGUCGGUAACUGGUUCAAAUGCCUUGUUGACAGAAUAUCAUAUCUGUUGGCUACAUUUCAGUUACAUUUCAGUUGCAUUACAGUUCAGAUAUCAGCAACGGUAUUGCAAAAGAUAUGGAAUCCACAAAAAAAAAACAUUAUUCUUUUCAUUUAGGACACGAUAGCUGUCCUGAAAGAUACACGUUAAGGCGUGUCAAACUUUACGUUUUGUUUAAGCCGAAGGACGAGUGCCCUCCAUCGCAUUAGCUUUUCUGUGUUGUUCAUUUUCUUUCAUUAGAUUUCCUUCUUUUUUUUGCCCAUUUGAAAUGUAGAGAUUGGUGUGUGUGUGUGUCAAAUCAAAUCAGCCUUAGAAAUGAAUUUCUUCAUAUGCAGCGAGCAGGACUGACUGAAGGCCUCCUACGCCCUGACAAGGUGCAUAUUUUACUAUAUUAUUUUGUUUGCUAUAGAGAAUGUUUUCUUCAUUUAGUUUUUACAUUCAUGAGUGAAUUGGUACUUACAAUUGGAAUAAUGAUGAUAGUAACAAUAGUGAUAGUGAUGAUUAUAAGAAUUACAAGAAUAAUAUGGUUAUCAUAAUGGUUUCAGGGGGACAUUAUACACUGUUUGUCCUUCAUUUUUGUCAUUUUGUUACUUGAAAUACCUGUUUCCACCCCCACCGCCUUCCCAAUAAAAAUGGGACUCCUCUGGUUCGUAAACAAAAUGGUUGCCAAAGUACAGCGCAGUGAAAAGUUAUUUUGGCUUGUCUUAACACAUUGCCACGUAUCAGACAGACGUUCAAUUGACAUGCUAAAACACAUGACAAAGAGCUAGCCUCUCUGUAAGCCACCCCAUGGGGAAGAAGGAAGGAGUGAGGAAUUAGAGGGAUGAUACCCCAUGGGGAAGGAGGGAGGAAUUAGAGGGAUGAUACCCCAUGGGGAGGAAUUAGAGGGAUGAUACCCCAUGGGGAGGAAUUAGAGGGAUGAUACCCCAUGGGGAGGAUUUAGAGGGAUGAUACCCCAUGGGGAGGAUUUAGAGGGAUGCUACCCCAUGGGGAAGGAGGAAGGAGGGAGGAUUUAGAGGGAUGUUACCCCAUGGGGAAGGAGGAAGGAGGGAGGAAUUAGAGGGAUGAUACCCCAUGGGGAGGAUUUAGAGGGAUGCUACCCCAUGGGGAAGGAUGGAGGAAUUAGAGGGAUGAUACCCCAUGGGGAGGAAUUAGAGGGAUGAUACCCCAUGGGGAAGGAGGGAGGAAUUAGAGGGAUGAUACCCCAUGGGGAGGAAUUAGAGGGAUGAUACCCCAUGGGGAAGGAGGGAGGAAUUAGAGGGAUGAUACCCCAUGGGGAGGAAUUAGAGGGAUGCUACCCCAUGGGGAAGAAGGAAGGAGUGAGGAAUUAGAGGGAUGAUACCCCAUGGGGAAGGAGGGAGGAAUUAGAGGGAUGCUACCCCAUGGGGAAGGAGGGAGGAAUUAGAGGGAUGAUACCCCAUGGGGAGGAAUUAGAGGGAUGAUACCCCAUGGGGAGGAAUUAGAGGGAUGAUACCCCAUGGGGAAGAAGGGAGGAAUUAGAGGGAUGAUACCCCAUGGGGAGGAAUUAGAGGGAUGAUACCCCAUGGGGAGGAAUUAGAGGGAUGAUACCCCAUGGGGAAGAAGUGAGGAAUUAGAGGGAUGAUACCCCAUGGGGAAGAAGUGAGGAAUUAGAGGGAUGAUACCCCAUGGGGAAGAAGUGAGGAAUUAGAGGGAUGAUACCCCAUGGGGAGGAAUUAGAGGGAUGAUACCCCAUGGGGAGGAUUUAGAGGGAUGAUACCCCAUGGUGAGGAUUUAGAGGGAUGCUACCCCAUGGGGAAGGAGGAAGGAGGGAGGAUUUAGAGGGAUGUUACCCCAUGGGGAAGGAGGAAGAAGUGAGGAAUUAGAGGGAUGAUACCCCAUGGGGAGGAAUUAGAGGGAUGAUACCCCAUGGGGAGGAAUUAGAGGGAUGAUACCCCAUGGGGAGGAUUUAGAGGGAUGAUACCCCAUGGGGAGGAAUUAGAGGGAUGAUACCCCAUGGGGAGGAUUUAGAGGGAUGCUACCCCAUGGGGAAGGAGGAAGGAGGGAGGAAUUAGAGGGAUGCUACCCCAUGGGGAAGGAGGGAGGAAUUAGAGGGAUGAUACCCCAUGGGGAGGAAUUAGAGGGAUGAUACCCCAUGGGGAGGAAUUAGAGGGAUGAUACCCCAUGGGGAGGAAUUAGAGGGAUGAUACCCCAUGGGGAGGAAUUAGAGGGAUGAUACCCCAUGGGGAAGGAGGGAGGAAUUAGAAGGAUGAUACCCCAUGGGGAGGAAUUAGAGGGAUGAUACCCCAUGGGGAGGAAUUAGAGGGAUGAUACCCCAUGGGGAGGAAUUAGAGGGAUGAUACCCCAUGGGGAGGAAGGAAGGAGUGAGGAUUUAGAGGGAUGAUACCCCAUGAAUGCACCAAUUUGUAAGUCGCUCUGGAUAAGAGCGUCUGCUAAAUGACUUAAAUGUAAAUGGGGAAGAAGGAAGGAGGAAAUAGAGGGAAGCUAAAUAAGACUGAGAAAAUGCAUAUUGAAGGAAAAAGGUUUUCCAUCUGGAGCGGUCGGGAAAAGCCUGACUAUUGUCCUUGACCACAGGGAACUUACGACCAAGAGAAGAGGGCCGUACACACGUAUGAAUGCUUGAGUAAACAAUGCAUGGUGAAAAAUGCAUUUUUCUUCUCCUGUGUUUUAAUAACAUUGUUUUAUUUAUGCCACUAGACACUGUAUGUUGAAAUCUUGUAUUAAAAAAAAAAAAAAAAAAAAACUGUUUUCACCCAA